AAGCUAGGAUUUUCUGCCAGUUUUCUUACAAACUUCUUUCUGAACUACAUCACUAUCUUUCACAUUAAACAUAUUAGCGGUACCUAUAAGCACAUGGUCUUAUAUUUUUCGACAAUUGGAAUACUUUUCUCCGGUUUGGAAGUCGUGACAAGACCAUUUGCUCAUAAUUAUAACAAUGCACUAUUCUUCUUUAGCACCAGCACUUUGAGCAUUUCUUCGAGUAUUUUACAACUGUUGAUUACGUCCUGGGCUGGUUGUUACUUGAUAAUUGUUUCAUUUAUUGCUGUUCAGUUUGUAUAUCGCUACCUUUCCCUAUCCGGAAACAAAAUGGCAGAUCGGUUUGAUGGCUUGAGAACAGUCCUUUGGUUACUGUAUCCCAUUUUGAUAGGUGCAAUUUAUACCUUACUGAUAUGUCUUUUAUCUCAGCCGGAUAAUUAUACGGACGAUUAUAUAAAAGCCGAGGUUUAUAAAAACUACGGUGUCCCACCUACAAGCUUCCCUCGAUUCGUAAUUGUUCCAUACGAGUCUGAUGGUUCUCUAAGUAUCAAAAACUGGGUAGUGUUAGCUUACAGCGUCUCCAUGAUAAGUUUACACUAUUCUGUCAUUUUGUAUUGCGGCUUAAAAAUGCAUUUGAAUAUGAAGGAUCAGCUAGAAAAGUUUUCGAUUUCUCAGAGAAACCUCCAGCGGCAAAUGUUCAAAGCAUUGGUUGUUCAAAGUCUAGGACCCACUAUUUUCUUGGUUAUACCAGCGGGCCCUGUAUUGCUGAGUCCACUUAUUCCGCCUAGUUUUGGAAUGAAGAUCAGCUGGCAAACUGGAUGGUUAUUUCCUCUAAUUGGCUUGUAUCCCCCGUUUGAUAGUAUUGCGUUUAUGUUGAUUGUUUCCGAAUACAGAAAAGUUAUAAAAAAUUUCUUUUUUUGCCGUCAGAAAAAUAACAAAUUCGUC